CUGGGAUCUUCGGAAAUGGGAGGUGGCCAAGACAGCAGGCGGCGGGCGGGCGCAGCGAUGGGCGAGCGCACGGGCGCGGGCGGCGGCGCCUGAACCCGGGGGCGCGGGGGACGGGCGGCGCGCCGCUGACAGACGCGACUCGAAGACUGGAGGGGGGACUCUGUUCUCCCGCCCCCCGGCUUUGAAGUCCCGGGGAGCAAAAGGAGGAGGGGGAGGGAGGGAAGGCGCUGCUGCUACUGCUACAGCUGGCUCUCCGAUCCUCUUCUGCGCUCCUACGCCUUCAUUCCCCCCUUCAUUCGACCUCUUCUUCGGAGCCUGAAUUUGCCAGGAGCCCAUAGCGUAUGUGGAUAAAGUUCUCCCUACUUCCUGCUGCACUUUUCUUCAGUGAAGUGAAGUUUGUGUGUUUCCUUGAGUCUCACACCUCAGUCCCCAAGGAACAGUGUGGGGGAAGGUAUAAAAGUUAAUGUUUUCAUCCACCCGGACAAAGGAGAAUGGGGACCCUACACCCAAAAGAAUGAAGACUCGACAGAAUAAGGACUCUAUGUCAAUGCGGAGUGGUCGGAAGAAGGAGACUCCAGGGCCCCGAGAGGAGCUCAGGACACGGGGCCGAGCCUCCCCAGGUGGUGUUAGCACCUCCAGCAGCGAUGGCAAAGCUGAGAAAUCUCGACAACCCACCAAGAAGGGCCGUGUGGAGGAGUCAAUGGCCCCCAAAGGAAGCAAGCAGGGUCGACCAGAGGAGAUUUCAGAGAGUGAAGGCGAGGACACCAAUGCCCCAAAGAAAACUAAAACAGAGGAACUCCCAAGACCUCAGUCUCCCUCAGAUGUCGACAGCCUAGAUGGCCACAGCUUCAAUGAUGAGACAAGCAGUGACCCCCGUGACAUCGACCAGGAUAACCGGAGCACUUCGCCCAGUGUCUACAGCCCUGGCAGUGUGGAGAAUGAUUCUGAUUCCUCCUCUGUGUUGUCACAGGGCCCAUCCCGCUCGUACCAUCACCCCCCACUAUUCCCUCAGAGCCCCUCCCCUGCCCCCCUGCCUGAAAGCCUAGCUCGUCCACCAGAUCCAAGCUUCAACUUAGCCGGAGAGGUUCAUCCUCAGGGCCCUCCAGGUGGCUACCAAUCCCAGCUCGAAGCCCAGGCCUCCAGGAUUUUCCAGGCCCAAGGAGCACCCGUUCCCACACCAUCCACCAACUCUUCCUCAUCCCCUUCCUCCUCCUCCUCCUCCAGUACCCAUGUUUCUCUCUACUCUAAUGCUAAUGUGGUGCAGAUUGGGCCCAAAGCUGCAAAUGCAGGAGCGGGCAUUCCAGCACCAGGUGGGCGUGAGCAGUCCCUCAGUGCCAAGCACAACCCACCCCCAACUACCCCUAUUUCCCUAGCAUCUGUAGCUGGUGGCAUGCCCCCUCAGAAGACACCUCCAAACAAUCCCCCAUCAGUACCUCCUUCUUCUGCUGCCAGCUUCCCCCAUGUCUUAGCCAACUUGCCUCCUCCACCAGCUUUGCGCCCUCUUAACAACAUGGCUGCCACCUCUAGCUCACCAGGGAUGGUAGGACAAGCCUUGAGUGGACACCUUCCAUCACCGCAUGGGAUGGGGCAGGAGAAGUCACCUGCCCCUUCACGUUAUCCCUAUGCUCCCGCUCCUCCUCCUCCUCCUCCCCCACCCCCACCCAGCUCUUCAGCUCAGUACCCUCUCCCUCCCCCUUCACAGGCACUGCCCAGCUACAGCUCCUCCUAUGGGCACUCCUUCCCCCCACCUAGCAGCCUCUCCGUCUCCAGCCAACCGCCCAAGUACACCCAGCCCUCCAUGCCCUCGCAGCCUGUGUGGAGCCAAGGUCCGCCACCAUAUAGUCGCCCUCUUGGCAACACCAGCUCCCACCCUCCAGCCUCCUUCCCUGGCCAGGCCACCCAUCACCAGCAACAGCAUCAUCACAACCAUGGCAGUGGCGCAGGGCUCUCUCCAGCGGCGGCGGCGGCUGCUCCCCAGGCACCUGGAGGAUAUUCCCAUCCACUAGAGCCAGGCCCACAUCACCCCUCCCAUGCUGCCUAUGGGCUACGCCUCUACCCACCUCACAGCCAUACCACAUACAGCCAGGCCCCCUCUGCAUCCUCCUCCUCUUCCUCUUCUUCCUCUUCUUCCUCCUCCUCCUCCUCCUCAGCCCCCUCUUCCUCCCAGGGGACAUACCCAGGAGUCUGCAGCCACCCCCAAGGGCAGAGCGCUGCCACUUACGCCUUUCCUCCACCACCACCACCUUCACCUGCACAUGGGGCUGGACCCCCAGUCACCUCUGCCUCAGUCACCCUCUCCACUGUCAUAACCACAAUGGCCUCCUCCUCCGCAGCCCCCUACAAGACAGCCUCGCCUCCAGUGGGCCCCCCUGCCGCUGUGGCCCCUUAUGGAAAGCGAACCGCUUCGCCGUCUCCCACCUUCCAGCCACCGGCUCCCUACAAGCCAGGCUCCCCUCCUUCGUCCUCAGCUUCCUCAUUCCGCGUGGCCACCCCGCCGGGAUACAGGUUGGCUUCUUCCCCGGCGGCGGGUGGCUACAAGGCUCCCUCGCCCGCCCCCAUUGCCCCCCCGGCCCCUGGAAGCAUGGCUGCCCCUCCCCCACCCCUGCCUCUCAGUGCUGCACAGAUCAAACAAGAGCCUUCAGAGGACUAUGAGCCCCCAGAGAGCCCGAUGCCCCCCGUGCGGAGUCCCUCGCCAGCCCCCAAAGUGGUGGAUGUACCAAGUCAUGCCAGCCAGUCGGCCAGGUUCAACAAACAUCUGGAUCGUGGCUUCAACUCUUGCUCACGGACGGACCUCUACUUCGUGCCCCUGGAUGGCUCCAAACUGGCCAAGAAACGGGCAGACCUAGUUGAGAAGGUGCGCAGGGAGGCUGAACAGAAGGCCCGGGAAGAGAAGGAGCGUGAAAGGGAGCGAGAACGGGAGAAGGAGCGGGAGAGGGAGAAGGAGAGAGAGCUGGAACGAAGUGUGAAGGUGGCACAAGAAGGCCGUCCAGUGGAGUGCCCAUCUCUUGGCCCCGUCCCUCACCGCCCAUCCUUUGAGCAGGGCAGUGCAGUAGCUACUGUCCCACCAUACCUGGGCCCCGACACACCAGCCCUUCGUACCCUCAGCGAGUACGCCCGGCCUCACGUCAUGUCUCCGAGCAACCGCAACCACCCCUUCUAUGUGCCACUGGGUGCUGUUGACCCCGGAUUGCUGGGCUACAAUGUGCCGGCCAUCUACAGCAGUGACCCGGCCACACGCGAGAGGGAGCUGAGAGAACGGGAGGCUCGUGAGCGAGACCUCAGGGACCGGGACCUGCGCGAGCGCCUUAAGCCUGGCUUUGAAGUCAAGCCAGCGGAGUUAGAGCAGCUCCACGCUGUGCCCAGCGCUGCCAUGGAUCCUUUCCCACGGCAUGGGGGGCUGGCUCUGCAGGCGGGCCCCGGCCUGCACCCUGCUUUCCCCUUCCACCCAGGGCUGGGCCACCUGGAGCGGGAACGGCUAGCGCUGGCUGCCGGCCCAGCCCUGCGCCCAGACAUGUCCUAUGCGGAGCGCUUGGCAGCGGAGCGGCAACAUGCCGAGAGAGUGGCUGCUCUGAGCAAUGACCCCCUGGCUCGGCUGCAGAUGCUCAACGUGACUCCCCACCAUCACCAGCAUUCCCACAUCCACUCCCACCUCCACCUCCACCAGCAGGACGCCAUCCAUGCAGCUUCAGCAUCGGUCCACCCCCUUAUUGAUCCACUGGCUUCUGGGUCACAUCUCACUCGGAUACCCUACCCAGCUGGGACCAUCCCUAAUCCACUUCUUCCUCACCCACUCCAUGAAAAUGAGGUGUUGCGCCACCAGCUUUUUGCUGCCCCCUACAGAGACCUUCCCGGUUCUCUCUCUGCUCCGAUGUCUGCAGCACAUCAGCUCCAAGCCAUGCAUGCACAGUCGGCAGAGCUGCAGCGCCUGGCCCUGGAACAGCAGCAGUGGCUGCACGCCCACCACCCCCUGCACGGAGUGCCGCUCCCCACGCAGGAGGAUUACUACAGUCACCUGAAAAAGGAAAGUGACAAGCCCCUUUAAAUGGAUCCCAUUACCCAUGAUGACUUCAUCACACCUUUUACUUCUUCAAAAGAAAGAGUGAGAGUGAGAGAGAGAGCGAGCGAGAGAGAGAGAAGAGAAAACCAACCAACCAACCAAGCUGUGGGCGAAGGGGAAGCUGCACAAUGACGGACACAACUGAUGUUGUUGAGCAGAAGAGUGAGGAGCAACCACGCUGGGAGGGAGGAGGGUGGCAAGUGGGAAGGACAGUGGGGUGUGAAACACCAGCAAGGAUUUGGGAUAAAUGUCUUGAUUUUCAGUAAUAUCCAGUAAGCAGAGGUAUAAACCGUCGUGCAACUCUUCUCUGCCCUUUCCCUCUGACCCGGCUUUUGGGGCAGAUGUGGCUAAUCCGCAGGAGCUCAAAGGACGAUGGGACUAAAUAUGCUGCCCUUCCUCCACACCUUGACACGCAAAAUAGUCCAGAGGAACAAUGCAUCGUCGGACUGUUCAAGGCGUCGUCGUCACGCUCUUGCUCAACUCUCGAGGGCCAAGACAAGUGGUGCCUAGCACCACGGGACUGUUUCGAGAGGGCAGCUGCUUUUUUAACCAUGCCUUGAAGGAACAUUGGUGGUAGAGAGUGUGGUGGGGACUGUUUUUAGGAUGGCAAUUGUCUUUUCCUCUCCUGUCUCCCUGGAGAAAGAUGAUGUGGCCAAAGAUGCAAGGCAUGGUGGGACUGUUUCCAAGAGGGCAGUUGCCCCUUUCCCCUUCACCCAUCCCAGUUGAUGUACUUUAACUCAUGCACAUCCCGUUAGACGUGGCGGUUUUGCGUAGCAAUUUGUGAUUCCUUGAACUCCCCGUAUGUGUGUCUAAUCUCACGGUUGUAUAUCUUGAUCUGUCCUCAUAUAUAUUUACAUAAGAACAUUAAAAGAUACCGAACUAUGGGAGAAGGAUCUCCCUACACACCCAA